UAGUCUUGUGAAAAGUCACCAACGUAUACAUUUUGUGUUCGUUCGUUUUUAACGAGUUAAUCAGUCAUCGCAAACUCAUCGUUCAGUGAGGUUGAAUCGAAUUUAUAUAAGGUUUACACAGUCGUUCCGAACAAAAUAGUAGUGGAUAAAUUCUCUGGCGGAUUAGUAUAUUAAAACGAGAGUGUGAUAAGAAAAAAAAAGAGUAGCAAAAAUUACAUUUUGCACAAACAGAAAGGCAUAGUUGCAGUGUGUGUCAGAAAAAUUGACAAUAAGCAACAACAACACAAAAAAAAGUUUGUCAAUUUCCGAACAAUUUUCCAAUUUAACUCAAAGAUUUUAAGCGGACCAACCCAUCAUCAAAAUGAGUUAUCCAUUCGGCUCGGGAAUGCCACAGCCAAACAACUCCUCUCCCUAUCCCAAUCCCAAUCAAGGACAGCCACCAUUCGGUGGUGGUUUUACAAAUCAAGGAAUGUAUCCAAACCACCAACAAGCUCCUUAUCCUUCGAAUCCUGGUUAUCCUACUCAGGGCGGCUAUUCAUCUCAACCACCAUAUCCUAAUAGCGCUCCUUAUCCUCAACAAUCUUCUAUGCCUUUCGGUGCAGGCUUUCCGCCAAUGCCUCCGUCUCAAACCAAUUCUUAUCCAUCAUUGCCUCCAUCCCAGCACGGUGGUGCAUAUCCUCCCUCUCAGCAAUGCUAUCCUCCAUCUCAACCUGGAUUCCAAUCGAAUUAUCCUCCAGCUCAAUCUGGGGCUAUGCCGAGUUAUCCACCAGCUUCCCAAUCAAUUUAUCCUACACCGAGCUCUGCAAACAAUGUGUACCCUUCGCAAACACAAUAUCCACCUCCAUCCAAUCAAUCCUUUGCACCAUCGCAAGGAUAUCCUUCGCUACAAAACAGUGGAUUUCAAGCACCGUCGCAGCAUAUUGCAGCAACCCACAUGGCUGCCUGCUUUUCCGAAAUGCAGAGCCAUAAACGUGAAAAUCAUUCGAAGGGUAAUCCGACUGUGGUUCCAGCCCAAAAUUUCGAUCCGGUUGAUGACGCAAAAGCACUUCGCAAAGCAAUGAAAGGUUUUGGAACUGAUGAAGAUGCCUUAAUUGAUGUUAUAUGCCGUCGAAGCAACGAGCAAAGAAUUAUGAUCCUUCGUUCCUACAAAACCAACUUCGGGAAAGACUUGGUGGAAGAUAUCAAAUCAGAAACCAGUGGAAAUUUUGAGAAAUUGUUGGUCGCAUUAUUAACACCAAUUGUUGAUUAUUAUGUCAAGGAAUUGCACGACGCAAUGUCCGGUCUUGGUACCGACGAAGAUGUUCUGAUCGAAAUUCUAUGCUCCAUGACAAACUACGAGAUUCAUACGAUCAAAAAUGCGUAUGAACGAUUGUACGGGAAAAAUCUCGAAUCAGAAUUAAUGUCCGAAACAUCCGGCCACUUUAAGCGAUUAUUGGUGGCAUUGUGUACGGCGAAUCGAGACGAAAGCGGAAGUACUGACAUCGAUGCGGCUCGUCGAGAUGCAACGGAAUUACUCAGGGCUGGAGAGUUACGUGUCGGCACAGAUGAAAGUACAUUCAAUAUGAUACUGUGUCAGCGAAAUUUUGCGCAAAUUAGACUUAUCUGUAACGAGUAUGAGAAAAUAUCUGGUCAUUCGCUUGAGAGAGCCAUAAACAACGAAUUCAGCGGCGAUAUAAUGGACGGCCUUGUUGCUAUUUUACAAUGCACUUCGAAUAAAUCGGAAUUCUUUGCGUCUCGGCUACACAAAAGUAUGGCCGGACUGGGAACCAAUGACAAUCAGUUGAUCAGAUUGAUCGUAACUCGAUGUGAAAUUGACCUGAACGACAUUAAAACUGCUUUUGAACAGAAAUAUGGCAAAAGCUUACGUAGUUGGAUUAAGGGAGACACCUCCGGACAUUACAAACAUGCUUUGUAUGUGCUAAUUGGUGAACAAAGAUCUUCAUAAGUUUCUCUACUUUCCAGCCUUUACAACCUUAUAUUGAUUCGCAUUUUUUAUGGCCGAUGGCUAUAGUGUCUUAGAUAAAACAAUUUUUAUUGACCAAUGAUACAGUAUGUUGUGUCACAAUUUUUAUUAUUGAAAAUGUUUGAAAAAAAAAAUCUAAUUUUUGAGGAUUAAAAUUUUAUCUUGAUGUAGAUUACCA